UCUAAUUGGAUUUCCCCCCUUAAAGUGAGAAAAAAUAUACUUGUCUCACUUUAACUUAUUGCACUAGUUCAGCAGUUAGCUGAAAAGAACAGAGAAGAGAGAGAGAUAACAAAGAUAACAAUUAUAUAAAAACGUGAUAGAGCUACAUGACAUCACAUUCCAAUAUUGUUCACGCUUAUAAACGGGAUUCUAAUAAAAUUUGAACGUAUACGUAUUAGUUUGUAAUCUUACUGUAUUAAUCGUUAAUACAGUGGAAAGUUAUAAUAUUAAAUUCUGUCACUAAAAUUUUCUUUUGUUUAGAUAUAAUUAUGGCUCAAAAUAAAAAUGUCGAUUUGAGCAUAGUGAAUGACAAGUUUACUGAAGAAGUGCUGAAAGAUAUUCUCUGCAAGGCAUAUAAUGGGAAAAAAGUGCAACUGACAGAUUGGAAGUUUGAUAAUGAAUUUAACAAAGGUGACAACUACUCGUCAACUAUGUAUAAAGCCCAUUCCACGAAAUGUUGGUCGCAGGAAGACUUUUAGAAGUGCAGAGUUCUUCUCUAAUGAGAUUAUUUUUUAUACACAGGUAGUUCCUAAGUUUGAGAAGUUCUUGAAAGAAAAAGGACAGAGCAAGCUGUUACGUAUACCACGUUAUCUAGCCUCAUACAUGGAUGGUGAAAAUGAUUUUAUAGUGCUAGAAGACCUCUCUCCUCUAGGAUUUGAAGCUGCAUCAGCAGAGAGUGAUAUAGACUGGACAGAAUUCUUGGUAAUAUUGGAGACAUUGUCAAAAUUUCAUGCUGUCUCAUUUGCGUAUAAGGAUCAAAAUAAAGAGGAAUUUACUGAGAUGACAAAAUGUUUGAAAGACACAUUUUUUGGCAAACAUAAUUGGAACUGGUACCGAAAAUUCCAUGAGAGAUUAAUAAAUAUAGCUAAAGAUGCAUUGACUGAGUAUCCUAAUAAUAAGGCUGUGAAGCAAUUUAAUUCCUAUGAAUUUGGUGUACUUUAUGACAUAUCUUCAGAGUUAGCAUGUGAAAGGAAACAUGCUGCUACGUCUGUUAUAUGCGCGGGUGACUGUUGGGCUCCAAACUUUUUAGUUCGGGAUAUUGGUCAAAAUCAGAAGGAAGCAUUAUUACUCGACUUUCAAGUAGCACGUACCGCUAAUCCUUCCACGGACUUAUCAUCCCUGGUUUACUCGUGCACUCAGAAGCCAUUUCGAGAUCAAUAUUUUGACACUAUCUUGAAAACUUAUCAUUCUGUAUUGAGUGAUGCUAUUAAAACUCUUGGAUCUGAUCCAGAAAAGAUCUAUCCAUGGGAUUUUUUCAUGAAAGAAGUGAAGGAAAAUUUUAUUGUGGGUGUUGUCUUCGCAAUUGAAGCUAUUCCAUUUAUAUUAUUGAAUCCAUCUGAAUUGUUCGAUUUGGAUGUUAUUAAAGGUGACAAGGCAAUAGAUAUUGCUGAUGUAUGGGUCUUUCCUGACAUUGCAACAUCAAGUGGGAAACAAAGAUUAGCAGAUAUGCUGAUUCAUGCUGUUGAGCAUGGAUAUCUAUAACAUCAAUUUUUACACAAAAAAUAUCUUCACUGUUUCUGUAAAAUUAGUCUUAACAGUACAAGCUUAUCAAUUAAGAAACAAUAAUAUAUUAUAGGAAAAAUUAUAUUUCUAGUAAUAGAAUUUCUGAGGAACUUGCAAAAUUUCUUUUUAUAAAAGAGAAAUUUAUCUCAAUCAUGAUAUAAACACUAAACAUCUUGUUCCUAAGUCUCUUUAAGAGGUUCCUAUAUUCUUGUUAGCUUCUAACAAUAGCUUUUUAAAAUAAUGUAUAUAUAUGUAUUUAGGAGAAAAAUGACAUUUUAUAUAUAAUUUUUUAUUAAAUCUGUCAGCAGUAAAUAAAAUAAAAACAGUAAUUUCCAUGCGCGGAGAAGGCUUCUCUCCCUUCUUCAUUUUCAAAUUUUCGCUACAAUAAUGUCAAGAUCUACUCAAUUAUGUCAAGAUAUAUCAAGAUCUAUAAGUUGCAGAAAUAUUACGCUCGUGUUAAAAAUUUUUUUCUUUUUAUAAGAGUGCUUGAACAAUUGAUGCAAUCAGAUAAUAAUAUCUGUUUUAUGUUAAAAAUGUUCAUAGUUACGCGUCCCGUUCAACAUACCCAGAAAUUUCAAUACUAUGUGGUCAUAGAUUGAAUAGAAACUGAACAUUCCGAAAAGGCUGUUAAGAUUUGAUUAAAAAAAGAUGAUAUGUAAAAUGUACUGCUGGCAGUCGGUCUUUGUCUAACCUGACUUCUAUUGGAAGAUAAUAUGCUUCUGGACAGUAGGAGGAAAUAUAACUCAAUAGUCAUACAUUUGUUUUCUUCUCAUUAGGUUUUUGCAAUAUCGUAUCUCAGAUACGAAAGUACGUUCCGAUUUUCAGUGUCAGUUCUUCAAAUCUAUAAGAUACGUAUAACACAAACUAUAUAUUCGCAGUACUGACAGCGAAAUAUACUUUAACCUUACUGUACCUGGAAGAUAAUGGGUUCAGCGAACUCAACAGUUGCACAACAGUUGAGUAAUUCGUCAAUGUAAUUGGUUUAGAUUUAGGAAUCUAACGGUAAGAACCAAUAAUCGUUAAUUGCUCACUGAGCGCUUUUUCCGCUGAACGCGCCCAAUAUUGCAAAAACUUCAUUCAUUUUGGUCUAGAACGUGUUCCAUUGAUUAGAUUCCAUGGUCGUUUCACUCAUCUGCUACGUUCAUGCCAGUGGAUUUAGCGAUUAUAAUAUUAUCAUUUAUUGUAAAGUCAGUUGAACCGUACGUCAGUGCGUUCUAAUUAUCUUGGAUCAUGAUAUCAUUAAUUGUUAUUAUCUUAUAAAAAUAUCUACUCCGAAGCAUAUCCUUCCUUCCUUCCUUCAAUAUAUGGCUACAGGCCUCUAUAAGAGUAAUGCCCCUACGCCAGUUUCCGAUUAAUGAUAUAAUUUGAGAGUAAAGUCUUGGAAAUUUCCAAGACACGGUCCAAAAAAAUCACAAGGUCCGAACAUGUUCGAACACGUCUUGUCGUGACGGCGGUUAGGCCGGAACUCUACUCCGAAGCCUAUAAAAGCGGCAAACGGACCGCACCCAAUGACACUUCAACGAAAGGUCAUAGAUAAAUUAAUUUUGAUACGAGUUAAGGCUUCUGUAUGACAGUGAACGUUAUCAAAGUAACGCUUGACUGUCUGGAUAAAUUAUACAUGACAAGAUAACAAUUAUAUAAAAGCGCGAUAAAGCUCUACAUGACAUUACAUUCCAAUAUUGUUCACUCUUGUAAACGGAAUUCUAAUAAAAUUUGAACGUAUACAUA